CCGCCCGCAGCAGUCUCCUUCCCGGCGAGGUUCCACUACAGAGAUGGCUGCGAAAGUGUGCAGAUCAGUACUCCUGUUGUCCCGGAGCAGCGGAGCGGUGGCCGGCAGCCUCCCCGCACUUGUUGUCUCUUCACAGCGACACCAUCAGCACAUAAGACCGCAGGAGGUACUGUCUGCUCCUUUCUCCCAUCAGACUGUCAGGAGAGCACAUGGCCUACGGUCAGCAGCCCACUCCACACUCUUCACCCAGCCUCCCACUGCCCUGUCUCCACAGGUUUGGAAGGGCGCCCCCUCAUGGCAUGGCCAGAGACUGUUGUGUUCCUCCGCUGCUCCGGAAGAGGUGACAGUGGUGUAUCAGAACGGGCUGCCGGUCAUCUCAGUCAGUUUGCCGUCCAGGCGAGAGCGCUGUCAGUUCACCCUCAAGCCUCUCAGCGACUGUGUGGGCGUUUUCCUGCAACAGCUCCAGGCAGAGGACAGAGGCAUCGACCGGGUAGCCAUCUACUCCAUGGAUGGAGCGAGGGUUGCCUCCUCCACAGGUAUAGACAUCCUGCUGCUGGAUGAUUUUAAGCUCGUCAUUAAUGAUACCACACAUCUCGUGCGGCCACCGAGGAGAGAGCUGCUGCCUCACGAGGAAGCAGAAAGGCUGAAUGACGUCAAAUUCCUGGUUCAGCAGCUCUACACCACGCUGCGCAUCGAGGAACACCAACUCAGCAAAGAACGUGAGCUGAUUGGACGACUGGAGGACCUCAACUCUCAACUCCGCCCCCUUGAGAAGGUGAGGGAGGAGUUGAGUAAGAAGGCAGAGCGGCGUACCACCUGGGUGCUGUGGGGCGGCAUGGCGUACAUGGCCACCCAGUUUGGCAUCCUUGCUAGGCUGACCUGGUGGGAAUACUCCUGGGAUAUCAUGGAGCCUGUCACCUACUUCAUCACCUACGGCACAGCCAUGGCCAUGUACGCCUACUUUGUGCUUACACGCCAGGAGUAUAUUUACCCCGACGCUAGAGACAGACAGUAUCUGCUGUUCUUCCACAAGGGGGUGAAAAGGACACGCUUCGACAUUGAGAAGUACAACAAGCUGAAGGAUGAUAUUGCUGAGGUGGAGUUAGAUCUGAAGCGUCUUCGGGACCCGCUCCAGCUCCAGCUCCCAGUUCAGCAGCUCACUGGCAGUAAAAAUUGAUGGGAACAGUGACUCCCCUCCUCUCUAUCUCCUACACCACCCCUGUUCCUCUCCCCUUUCUCCUCCUGACUCCCACCCCUCUCUUUUUCCCCUCAAUAUUUCUCGCUUUCUCUCCCCCUUCCCUACCACACCGAAUAAUCCCAUCCCUUUUUUUGACAGUGGGAGUUUUUUUUUUUUCUUUUUUUCUCUUUUCCUUUUUACUUUCCUGACUGAAAACUCUAGUUUGAAUAUCAAAUGAAAUCCGCUGAAUGACGAAGGAUGGUGAGAAUACCGGGAACUGAAAAACUCUCACAGCCAAAGGAUGAUGUGGUUGAUAAAAAGGACAAUGGUGAUGGAAUCAAACUGGCACUAUGGAUAAGCCUCAAGUCUCUGGAAGGACAGCCUACAGGGAACCCGGAAAAGAGGGAAGUGCUACACUUCUUGACAGUCCAGAAUAAGGGACAUACAGAGGGGUAGCCACUGUUGAGUGUGUGUGCGGGACUUUCUGAGUACUCUGGGAUACCGACCCUGGCCACUCAGCGGGUUGACACAGCAGUGCAGUCUGUUUUCUCUACUUGUCAAACUGUCAACACACACCUGGUUCGAGACGGCUUCAGGGAGAGUCUCUAUCCCAUACAUUAAAGUUUACAAGGAAGCCCUUGCCCCGCCCACUGCGGUGUGCUGCGGCUUGGCUGACUGCUGUUGUACAUCAGGAGGAUCUUUGACUUCCUGUGGCUAAACUCUGCUGCCUCUCCCUCCCUGGGCCACGCCUCCUCUGGGUGACGGACAGCUGUCCUCUUCAGUGUGACCUUCGUCAGGAGCCUGUCUCAACUUGCAGGAUGUAGGCAUGACAACAGGCAGCGCGCCUCGUUUCCUCUUCCUGUCGAUAUCCUGUAGCGGCAUGGUCUGCCCAUGUAUGAGAGUACUACCGACAACAACAUCACUGUGUGUUCUUUUAUUCCAAAAAAAUAUUUUGGCACUUUUUAUUUUAAAAGCCAUAGUAUAUUUGUUAUGAAAAGAAUAUAAAUAUAUAUAUGUAUACAAUCAAAUAAACAGACGACCAGAGGCUAGUUUUCUUUCAGUGGGGGGAGGAGCUCUUUAUAAACAUUUCAUUAGCAGCUCAUUUACAUUUUUGGAAAAUCUCCCACCAUGAACGACUCCCUGCAACUGUCCAAUGCACAUUCUGUCACAUACGCACACACACGCACAUAAGGCAUUAUACAUUCAACUUAACGUUUCAUAUGUUAGGUGACACAAUGCACACAAUAGACUAAAUAGUCUAAGAAACACACCAUAUUCUGUCUAAGGGUAUAUGGGCUUAUGGCUAUAGCUCCUGAACAGCACCGUCCCUCCUCUGCAGACACUAGUGGGGUAAGCAAUGUUGAAAAUCAGGGUGAAAAGAGCUUUAAUUGGAAAUGAACAAAAUUUGUGUAGUUCAUGUCAUGCGCUUCUAACUAAGAUGUAUAAUAACUCCAAAUGUGCUGUUGAAAUGCUUUUCAUAUCUAAAUGACAAACUCGAAGGCAUGUCAUGGUUUAAAGCUACAGAUGACAUGUAUGCAGCUGUAGUAGAAAACCCACAGCAUAAAGGGGGGAAAUGUUUUCCAAAUUGACAUCAGUUCAAUAUUUGGAUCCAAACCAGUUUUUGUUUUAGAAUUAAAAGUAUUAAUACUCUUGAAGGGAUAAAAUCAACUCCAGAAUACCACAUAUAAUGUGCAUUUCAGUAUGUGAUUUUUAGAAAUCUCAUGACCUGCAGUAAAUGUCAUUGAUUCGUUGACGUUUUUUCAUCCUGAAGUGUAGAGUGUUCUCCUCCCACUGUUGCUGUAAUGCCCCCCCUCCCCCUGCUCUCUCGAUGGCAAGGCAGGGUAGACUGCAUGCUGUGGUAUGCCCUCAGUAGAAAUUUGUGAAUGUGUAGGAGCAUUAUUGCAAUUUUGUACUUAAUUGGACACAUUUAUUUGCCACAUCUAGCUCAAGUCUCAUCCCCAAUCAGUUAACUCAAAGGUUUUGGAAGCCAUAUAUUUAUGUUGUCCACUGCUUUGGGACAGUUACUUUAGGAACCUUCCAUAAAGCUUUUUGUUCAGGGUGAGGAUUGGUGGCCCUUUCUCUUGCUCUCUUUAAUGUCUCCAAAAAAAAGGGGGAGUCUCAGAACUGUUUUUUAAAUUUCCUUCUAGAUCAUAUCUGCAGAGGGGAAGCACAAUGACAUGACAUCCAGCACAUAGACUCUAGUUCAGCAUCAUCAUGUGUGAACAGUUGGCUGAAUCCUACUGAAGAGAUCCUUGUGUUGAACUGCAAAACGUCUAUUUAAAUGCAUGAUUUUAGGUUAAAUCCACCCAUGCAGAUCUCAAAGCAGGAUUUAGUCUAAUCUGUUAUCAUGUAUGUGUGCCUGUGUGUGUUAUCUCCAAAGGAAACGGUGCCUUUAGAAUGAUCAAUAAUCUAAACAGUGUCCACAAUGUAGCAAUCUGGCAAACGGUGAGAUUAAGAUCGGUGAGUUAAUCUCUUAUUUGGACUGCAAUCCUUCUAUGAAAGAAGGCUUUGGGAGUGGUAAUCAAUGUUGUGUGGAUGUAUGUAUGUGUGGGUGUUUGUUGAAUUCAACGAUGGGGGCAAAGUGCAAAUCACCGCAUUCAUAAAUCCCCCCGUCCCCAAUUGCUUGUCAAUAGAGGUAAAAAUGAACUCCGUCCUCAUCCCACUUCACAGCAGUCAUUAGCUUUAAAUUCCUCUUUUCCUGAGUAGCUAACACACACUGUGUUACACGCAUGCACAAAAAAGGGACGGUGUUUCCUUGGAGAUGUACUGUGGGAGGUGAGAGUUGAGGCCUGUCUGCAGUCCAAUCCUCCCCUCUGCUGUUUCUACACACCACCUCUUUCCUUCAUCAUCACCUCCUCCUUUUUAUCAUACCAUCCACCAUUUAUUGCCUUUAUAUUAUCGUUUGUUUUCUCUCGCUUUAUUUUCUUAAAAACUAAAUAUAUCAACUAUAGGGAACUUUAUUAUAAAGAGGGUGUUGCAUGAAUGUAUGUUUACAUGGGAAAAUAUGUAAAAAAAAAAAUUAAUAAUAAUAAAAAAAGAUGAUUUAUCAAAAAAAAAAAACUGCAAAGAUAAUUUAAGAACGUUGUUUGUAGAGAUUCCUAGUUAUAAAGGGCAGCAGACAGGGCUGCCUUUAGGAUCUGCCCUGCCAAAUCUGACUUAAUCCCAGCCAACCAAUCUCCAUCAAACCCCAGUCCCAUCUUUAUCUUAUUUACUCCCACGAAUCGCUUUUCUGAGUGUGCAUUUCUACUCCCCGAUAAACAGAACAACACCCUCUGUCUUUGGUGCACCUAAAAGAGGCUCUCUGACCUCUUGACCUCAGUCAUUAACGUCCUGGAUUCGAGUGCAAAGGAAGAGGCGCAUACUGUUAUCCUGCUGGGGAACACGUCCCAUAUGGUUUCACUCGUUCUUCUCUCCUGUCCUUUUCACCCACUCUUUGCCUUUUUUUUGUCCAGAUGAUAUAAUUCUCCAUUGCUCUUUUCUGUUUUGAGUGUGUUCUGUUUUGAAAAUGUCGUUCACCUGCACUUAAAUACCAUAUGUUUAAAAUGCCUAAAGAGUGAAGCAGAAACAUAGGAUUGAAAUGAUCUUGUACUCCAUUCUGACCUCUUAUUUGUUUUGUUUUUUUCUUGUCUUAUUUUCUGUUGACAUAUGAUGCUGUAAUGUUGGCAAAAAAGAAAAUGUAAAAUCCUGUAUCAUUUAUGAAAUAUGUAUAAAAGAGAAAUGUAAUUCAAUUAUCAAUAAAAUCCUUAUCCAGUUUUUGGA